GGAUAAUACACGGAUAAAAGUCGAGUACCUGGCGACGUAAGAGAUAGCUAGAUGUUCCAUUCGACGAAUCAAUAUCCAACCUGACAUUCUUCUCACUCUCAUUGCGAGAUCAGGGGUUGCUUUUGAUUGGUUGCUUCUACCAGUGAGCGGGUGAAUGCUUCACAUAAAAUGUGCGAAAUGAGCGGCACAGUAUUGGACAGAACCAUCUCUAUAAAGUGUUGUUUCCUCCGUACUAUUGAAGAGUCAACUCGCGCUGUGUAGAACAAAAAUAUGGAUUUCCUGCAGGCACCUCCACGGGGCAUCAUUUUUGACCUUGGAGAUGUCCUCUUUAAAUGGUCCGCCAACACAACGACGACUAUUUCACCUCGAAAGCUGAGAGAAAUCCUCGCAACACCUGUCUGGAAUAGCUAUGAGCGUGGUAAAAUCACCAGGGAUGUCUGUUAUGAGCUGAGUUCCAAUCAAUUCUCCAUCCCGGUGUCUACGAUCGCCGAGGCCUUUGCCCAGGCACGCAAAUCUUUAGAACCCGACCAAAAAAUCGUUUCGUUUCUUCACGAAUUGAGGAAAUAUCCUGCUAUCCAAGUGUAUGCCAUGUCAAACGUAGGCAAAGAGGAUUUUGAAGAACUCGCAACCAAUAUAGACUGGCUCCUUUUUGAUCGAGUGUUCACUUCGGCGGCGGCAGGAAUGAGAAAGCCAGAGCUAGGGUUUUACAACCAUGUCCUAGACGAGCUAUGCUUAAAUGGCAGCCAAGUAGUAUUCGUUGAUGAUAAGGAAGAGAAUGUGAACGCAGCUCGACAGUUGGGCAUUCGUGGAUAUGUUUUUGGGGAGUCGACGAUUCAUAUAUUAAACGAGAUGUUUGAUAGCCCAGUCAGUAAGGGCUGGAGAUAUAUAUUCCAGAAUGCGAAGCAAUGUAACUCAAUCACUAUAAGUGGAGUCACUUUUGCGGACAAUUUCGCAAAAUUGCUGAUUAUGGAUUCGUUGCAAGACCGGUAAGUCGGCAUUUUGCGAGCUACGCAAACGGAUAUUCUACAAAACAAUGACUAACAUCUGCUGUCAGGACUCUCAUGGAUCUCAGCUGGGGUUCCAAAGAGACUUGGAACUUUUUUGCCGGUAAGCAAUCUGUUUACGCAUAGAAGCAUAUUGAGGAACUAGCCGCUAAUAAAGGUAAAUUGUAAGGCAAGGCAGUGCUUAUUCCCGGAGGCAUUUUCCCCGAUGAUCUUGACACUACAUGCCUCGCUCUGACAGUUCUGCGACCAUCAUCGACCAAAACUAUCUCAUCACUUCUCAACACCAUGGCCGAGUAUGUCAAUGACGACGGCACUUUCCAGGUAAGCCAUCAAGAUGCUAGUACACCGGAAUGACAGUGACGGAAGCCUGUUUGCUAAACAGUGCAACAGACGUAUUUUGACAGGAACAGAAAACGAGUUGACCCUAUUGUCAGCGCGAACAUCCUCGCUUGCUUUUAUUAUUAUAAUCGUGGCCACGAGUUCGAGCGUACCCUCCAACUUGUACGUUCGAUGCUCUUGGAUCGUUCCUAUGUGCGAGGGACUCGGUACUAUACAUCCCCGGAUUGCUGUCUAGGCUUCAUCGGACGCCUGCUGCGCUCAUCAAGCGAUUCCCACCUGCAUAUGACGUUAGGACCACUCUUGAAGUUGCGGAUGCGUGAACGACUUGGUCUGGAUGGCAACGCAUUAGAUUUGGCUAUGCGUAUUAUCACGUGCAGCCAGAUGGGUAUUGAAUGCGAAGACGAUCGCCAGGCUUUACUCACCUUGCAGUGUGAGGAUGGGAGCUGGGAAGCUGGAUGGAUGUAUCAGUAUGGGACCGAUGGGAUGAAGAUUGGAAAUUGUGGGGUAACGACAGCAAUGGCUGUUGCAGCACUGUCGUCAAGAUAUCGUCGGUCCUAAUUCAAUGCAGCGCCAGAAUAUUAUUGAGAAUAAUCUAGUGUAAACACUGCAGUUGGAUAUCAGGAUACUCGCAGAUACCACGGGCAUACAAUCAGGAGUGUGAAUGUGAAGACCACCAUCAGUCAAAAUAGAUAGAUAUUUUGCGGACGUAACCUCGUAUUGAAUAUUUAGACAUAGGUAUAUAUACAUAUAUCUAUAUAUGAAAACAUAAACAAAUCCAUCAUAAGAAAAAUGAAGUAAGUAAAGUUAAAUAAAAAAUGAUGUUGGCAAAAAGUAGUCACCCUUCUCCAGACAAACCGGAUAUAAGAGCCGAAAAAUGUUCUUAUUCCCAGUCGAUGGAUGGAUGGAUGAUAAGUUCUCACUUACGAUUUGCGCCUGUUUAAGAAAAUUUCAGAUGUGCAACAAAAUUUAUUUAGAGUGGAACUAGCACGUGAUGUUUUUUCCAGGAUGUGUGAGACUUCAGCGUAGGCACGUGAUGUAUACAUAUAGAUAUAUAGAUGAGGGUGUUAG